AUGAGUCUUUUUGUUGUUGGGUUGUCUCCUCUGUCAAGCAAAAAGGGCAAGGCAGCUAUGCUAAUUGGGGACAUUGAUAUAGGAAGGUUGAUGGUUUAUGUGCAGCACGUUGAGGAAAAGAAGUUGAGGGAUAGAGAGGGGUUUAGAAACAAGAAGGCUACGACAGGGAAUGCAAAUAAAGGUGAGUAUAAUAGUGAGAAUUCACAGCCUUCCAUAGUUAGACCUGCACAGUCUCAGGGUAUUGUGGCAGAAGGAGGUAACUGGGCUCCUGCAUGUGUUAAGUGUGGUAGAACCUAUCGAGGUAAAUGUCGUGAUGGCUCCACAUGUUGUUUUAAGUGUGGACAAGAGGGUGACUUCAUGAAAUAUUUCCCUAAGAAUCGGCAAAGUAAUGUGAAUCAAGGAAAUAGAGUCCAAUCUUCAUCAGUUGCUCCACUAGACAGGGCUACUCCUAGAGGAGCUACUUCCAUUGCUAGCCAGGGUCAAAGGCAAGAAGGCCCAGUUGCAGGUAUUGGUGGUGAAGACAGGGUAGCUAGCACGCGGAUACGUGAUUUCUUUAAUCUGGACCCUACAUCAUUCACUGCGUCAGAUCCUAAUGAAGAUCCGCAAGACUUUAUUGAUCAAGUCCAAUGA